AUGCCGGAGCAGAGCAACGACUAUCGUGUGGUGGUGUUCGGCGCCGGAGGUGUGGGGAAGAGCUCCCUGGUUCUCCGCUUCGUCAAGGGGACCUUCCGCGACAGCUACAUCCCCACCGUGGAGGACACAUACAGACAGGUGAUUAGCUGCGACAAGAGCAUCUGCACGCUCCAGAUCACAGACACCACAGGCAGCCACCAGUUCCCCGCCAUGCAGCGUCUGUCCAUCUCCAAGGGCCACGCAUUCAUCCUGGUCUACUCUGUCACCAGCCGUCAGUCUCUGGAAGAGCUCAAGCCUAUCUACGAGCAGGUGUGUCAGAUCAAGGGCGAAGUGGAGACGUGUCCCAUCAUGCUGGUGGGCAACAAGUGCGACGAGACGUCGGCGCGCGAGGUGGAGACCACGGAUGGCGACGCCACGUCCAAGAAGUGGAAGUGCGCCUUCAUGGAGACGUCGGCCAAGACCAACCACAACGUCAAGGAGCUCUUCCAGGAGCUGCUCAACCUGGAGAAACGCAGGACUGUCAGCCUCCAGAUCGACGGCAAAUCGAAGCAGCAGAAACGCGCCGAGAAGCUCAAGGGCAAGUGUGUGGUCAUGUGACGUGGACUUAAGGAGAAGGAGGUGGAAGUGCAGGAGGCCCGAAAAAUCUCAAAGGGACGAAGGGCAAGGAGCGAGGGAGAAACAAGGUUUGGAGGGGGUUCGGACUCUUGCCAUGGGGCAGACCGUGCAUCGUAAGACACACUCCUGCAGACAAGCUAAAAUACCUGGAAGUUUACAUCCAAUGGAAAGAGUGGAACAAGGGUAUGCCUACUACACUAAGAUUUAUUCAGCCUGACUCAUUGUCACAUCCAACAGCCAAUCAAACAGAGCGGAAGACACCCCGUGAAGAAGAGUUCUCCUUUUCA